AUGGGAAAAACGACGAAACUGAAACAACGUAAAGUUGGCGAAGAUCCAGUGCAGCAGUCAAAGAUAUCCAGCUUCUUUAAGGUAAAAACACACUUGGUUACUCAAUCAGCUCAAUACCCAAGUCAUUUUGAGUUUUUGGAGAAGCUAAGAAACAGACCAGUCUGUGUAGUCGUGGUUGUGUCCUUGGGCUGGACCUCCUACAGCCAAGGAUCCUGUUUUGUUCACCGAGCUUGGAAAUCAUCAUCAUCUAGUAAACUCUCGUUAAAGAAACCUGUCAUAGCAGAUGGGAAGAAUCCAAAGGACCAUCAUUCAGAGUCAAAGGUCAAGACUGACCAAUCAGCAGAGGGUAUUUCUGGGGCUGGUGAGGAUCAAGAUGUCAUUAUUAUUCCAGAAACUCAGGUAUUGUAUAGCCCAAGUCCAAAGCAGGUUUCUCAGAGUACAGAGGCAAGCAAUCUUAACACAAGUUGUGACAUCCUUAUUCCUGAUACACCUGACAACAGCCAAUCAAAGGUUCACCAACGAAAGAAAAUAUAUUGUCGUAGUUUCUUGACAGGGUCAUCAAACUUGUCGAAACCAGCUGGUCUUAUUCCUCGGGUAAAGCCUACAAAGACUGUGAAGCAUGCGCUUUCCAAGGCCAAAAAAAGUCUUCUAUCUGUUUCAGUAGAUUUUAAUCCGAAAACUCUAGAGACAAACCUGUCUGGAAAUUCUUGUGAUAAAAUUGAAGACUGUGAAAUUGAGGAUGAUAAAGACGACCCAGAGAGAGAGGGAGACUUAGUCGACCUGUAUUUUGCACAACAAGAAAAAUGUGAUUCUAAAAAUGUAAGUUCUUGUGUAAUGUCAGAAGUGACAGAAAAAAGUUCAAAAGAGCUUGAUCAGGGACAAGGUGUUGAAGAGCAAGCAAAGGGGGGUAACUCAGAGCAUUGUUUACAAGAAGACAAUUCUGAUGACAAUAUAACAGAAAAUGUUUUUGCUGAAAAGGAAGAUUUUAACCCAUCGCAAACACCUGUGAAGAUUUAUGAUUCAGACAUUCCUUCCAUUAAGAGGAUGAGUAAGUCAGGGCUUUCUCCUGAUGCUAAAAGAAAUGUUUCUGGGAAAACACAAGGUCAGAUUUUUGAAGAACUCAUGGAGGAAGACAAUGGUAAAGAGAACAUGAUGGUAGAGAAAGCAGGAUGUAUAAGUGAAAAGGAAAAAGUGAAGAAAAAAUUGCAACUUUCUACAUCUGAGUUUGUGUCCAGUAAAUGUAUUUUAGACAAAGCAGGAUCUGAAACUGAAAGAAAAACCAGUGUUAAAUCAAAAGAAGAUUAUCAAAAUAAAUCAUCAAUGAAAAAAACCUGUAAUAAAGACUCGACAAAUUUAUCCCAACAGCUUGGAUACCAGAUGGGUUUGAGCAGAUCAAAGAAAUCUCAUAACAAGAAUGCAUGUAACGGAGUGAAAUCUGACAACAUUUUAGGAGAAAUACUGCAAGAAAUGGAAACUACUCCAAGUCAUCAAUCAAAAUUUGAGAAAAAAUCCCCAGUUACUACAGAAAGUAAAGUGAAUGUAGGCGUGAUGUUACCAGGUGACCCGAAAUGUGUGGAGAAAUCGCCGGGCUCACUGAACCAGAUAGCAGGCAAGGCAGACUCCAUCGCAAGGAAGAGUGAAGAUAAGGUUGGAGUGAAGGGGAUGGAUAGAGGUCAUCAGCAGUCAGUUCAGUAUGGAAGCACUCAGGUGGUAUCACAUCCCAGACUAAAGAAGAGGCAGUCUGGAGCAUACAAACAACGGAAAUCUGUUGAUGCCAGCUGUAGGUCUCUGUCAUCAGACAUCUCCUUCACAGAGGAAGAACUUCAGUAUUUUGAUGACUUAGACAGUGGAGUCCAUACCUGUGUUAGUGAAGGGUCAGACAAUAAAAACACUGGUAUCUGUUCAGACAAUGCAGGUCAAAGUUCAGAACUCUUCACGCCUGUUAUACCUAAAUUGAAAAAAACUUCAAGUGUUGUGAAAAUGAAAUCAAAAGAAAAUAUAGAAAGAGUAUCAGGAAAGGCUUUAUCAGAUGAAAUAAUGGAAAGUGACUGUGGAUUAGAUCUAAUGAUGCAAUGCUUGACUCCUGAACCCAAGAGGUGUAUGACCCCUCAACCUUUGACCCCUAGCAUCCAGAGAUGUGUGACCCCAGAUCCUAAAAACAUUCGAGCAACUCAGAAUAUUAAUGAGUUUCCUAGUCAGAUGUCAGUCAAACAUUCAAGUGAACAAGAAAGUGAGAUGGAGAUUGAAGAUGUCCCUACCCAGGGUGAUAGCCAGGAGCUGUGUGAAGAGUUUGACCAGCUGACUCCAUUUAAAGACAAACCAAAUGCUCAAUCUGAACACUGUGACGAACAUCCACCCUGUGUCCACUUUGGUCGCCAUACUGUGAAGAAUGUGAACAGAAGCAGAGACACCGUUACUUUGGAGCUUGAAGACUUUGCUGAGAAAAUUGCAAGGACUUGCAUCCUUGAAGGCUUUUGGUAUGAUACACACGUCACAGAAGGAGAUACGGUGCAUGUGAUUGGUCAAUUUGAUGAUCAAAUGACCUGCAACAUCACAGACAAAUCUGGGCUGAUAGUCGUGAACCCUGAUCGCCUUCUGUCGGGGACAUCGGUGGUAUCCGGUGUGUUCUGUAUGAGAAAGUCUGUACUUAAUGAGAAGUUUAAGGGAUGUGACCGAGGAAAUGUCCAGAUGUUGUAUGGAAGUAUCAUACACUGUUUAUUUCAGCAGGUCCUGAAAAAACAGAUACAUGAUGAGGCUGGGAUUUUAGGAGAAGCUGGAAAAGUAAUUAAACAGAGCAAAUUUGUCCAUGAUAUGUAUGGAAUCGCAGUGACAGAAGGUGAGGUUCUGGAGGAGAUAAAGAAGUAUGUUCCUCAACUACAGCAGUGGAAACAGCAGUACACUAGCAGUGGUCAGGCAGUGUUAGGAGUACAGACGAAGAAGCAGGGUGAGGACAUCCUCAUUACAAAGAUCAAGGACAUUGAGGAGAAUAUCUGGUCACCACGAUUUGGUGUAAAAGGGAAGAUAGACUUGACAGUGGAAGUCAAGAAAAAAUCCCGACCAGGCUUAGGAGAAAAAUCGAUAAUUCCACUUGAGCUGAAAACAGGGCGUCCAUCAUUCUCACUAGAGCACAAGGGACAGGUAACACUGUACAGUAUGAUGAGCUCUGAUCGGCGCACUGACCCCAAGCAAGGGCUUCUGUUAUACCUCAAGGAGCCUAGCAUGAAACUCAUCCCUGCAGACCAACUCAGUCAGAGAGGUCUGAUACAGCUUCGGAACGAGAUGGCCUAUUUCCUGGACCAGCAGGUUAAAAGGUCAACAGAAGAUGGCAGCACCGUGUACAGUUUUGGCCGCCUACCUGACCCCAUCAACAACUCAAGGACAUGCCCUAAGUGUCCCCAUCUUCUCCACUGUGCAGCAUUUCAGAAGGUGGAGGAACGCAGUUUACCAUCCAGUCAUGCCAUGUCAUCCCUCGCCCCUGAUGCACUGGCUCACCUUUCUCCCUCUCACAUGGAUUACUUCACACGCUGGUGUCUCAUGCUGGACCUGGAAUCUCAGACCAACAUACAGUCGGGCCUGAGAAAGAUCUGGUGUAGGACUGGACCACAGAGGGAAUCUGUAGGAGAAUGUAUAUGCCGACUGAAUCUGCUGACAGACGAAAACAUGGCUACCAAGUCUUCCUCAAUUGUUCAAAACUCCAACACAGAUGAUGAAAUGAGUUGCCUCACGUUUACAAGAAAUUGGUCAAAAAACAGAAACCUCCCCAGGGACCUGAGAACUGUGGGGCUGAUAUCCGGGGACUAUGUCAUUGUAAGCUCUGAGGAACCCAGUAUGAUUGCUGUCUGUAUGGGAACGCUGCAAAACCUUACUGCAGAAUCCCUGGAACUGGUUACAGAAAGUGAAAGUCUCCCACGACUGAAACAGAUCAGAGGAACAUUCCGCCUGGACAAGUAUGAUGGUUACAGUACCUCGUCGAUCCUGUACUCUAGUCUGUCCCAUCUCAUGGCUGACACUCCGCGAAGUGCAAGAUUGCGUUCUUUGAUAAUAGACAGAUCUAAAUCAGAAUUUCUACCUAAACUUUCCAAGUCAGACAUUGAAAGUGUGAAGAAGAUAUUCAAGCCCCUUAACAAACCGCAGAAAAUGUCAAUAUUAAAGGUGUUGAUGAGUAAGGAUUACAUACUAAUCAAAGGAUAUCCAGGUACAGGUAAGACAUCCACUAUUGUGGCCCUCGUUAAGGUGUGUACAGUCCUGGGGUUAUCGGUACUGCUGACCAGCUAUACCCAUUCAGCAGUGGACAACAUCCUCCUGAAGCUGAAAAAGGACAAUAUCUCCUUUGUUAGACUUGGAAAAAGUAACAAGAUUCACCCUGAAAUACAACAGUUUUCUGCUGACCAUCUCACAAAAAACCUGACCAGCGUGGGACAAUUACGGGAGUUUUAUCAUUCUCAGAAAAUAGUGGCCACUAGCUGUCUGGGAGUGAAUCAUCCUCUGUUUAGCCAGCGCCGAUUUGAUGUGUGUAUUGUGGAUGAAGCUUCACAGGUCUUGCAGCCUGCCUGUCUGGGUCCGUUGUUCUCUGCGGACAGAUUUGUACUAGUAGGUGACCCACAACAGCUCCCUCCAGUGGUACAAAGCCAGGAAGCCAGGAGCAUUGGAAUGGACGAGAGUCUGUUUCAGCAUUUGGAUAACAAUGGUGCAACAUUUGACUUGAACCUACAAUAUCGCAUGAACAGUGCUAUAAUGUCAAUUAGCAACACACUAGUGUAUGGGGGUGCUCUCAGGUGUGGAAAUGACAUGGUGGCCACCAGUGAACUUGUCAUCCCUGAUCCUAUCGCCUUACAACAGGUUAUAGACAAGCAUGGAUGGCUAGAACAGGUGCUACUAGAUAAUCCGGAUUAUAAGGCAGCAGUUUUCCUCAAUACAAGUAAUAUACCAGCCCGAGAAGCCAGAGACCGAUCCGGUUUUAUAACAAACAUCGGGGAGGCUAAGAUCAUCACAAUCAUUACAGAAGCUUUGUUAGCAGGUGGAGUGUCAGCAGAAGAUAUUGGAAUCAUUGCGCCUUAUCGUAACCAGGUCAAUGUCAUUCGCGAUGUAUUCCGAAACACUCAUAAACUGGCUAGUCAAGGUCAUAUAGAGGUCAACACUGUGGACCAGUAUCAGGGGCGUGACAAGGAGGUCAUCCUUAUUUCCUUCACUCGUAGCUUCACUUCGUCUGUUGACAAAGAGGCCAAGACAGGACAGCUUUUGAAGGAUGUUCGUAGAUUGAAUGUGGCUGUGACACGUGCCAAGCACAAACUCCUCUUGGUAGGAGACCAAGCCUCCUUACGGAGUUAUCCACCCCUGGUUACAAUCCUGGAUGAAUUGAUGAAAAAACAAUGCAUUGUUGACCUUCCAGUACAUGCUGUUGGCAGAACCUGAAAAUUCUUCUGACAUGGUGAAAUUUACGAAAUUAUACACCCUAAGAACAUGAAUUCUUUGACAAUCUUAAAGUGCUAUUUUUAAAAAUGGUUUGCUACUUGCUCUGAAAGAGAAUAAGAUAUAUUGACUCUUCGACAAUAAUGACCAAGCCUGGAAAAAUCCCGAGGGGUUUCAGAAGAGGCUAACGUGGAUUUAUUUGUGGACAUUUUUGACAAUGAUAAUAUAGUAUUUUGUUUUCAGUUAAAAAUAAUAAAGUUUCAUGGUCUGAAGUGUGUUAUCAGGUUCAAAUGGAAUAAUUUUAUUUCAUACAAUGUCAUGGGAAAAGGUUGGAGCUGUUCAGAAAGAUGACAUUGAGA